AUGUCUUCUCAUAAUAAUAAUAGUAACAAUGACUGUCUCAAUCAAAAUCUCGAAGCAAAACGUCGACAAAAUAUUGAAGAUAAUCGUCGUUUUCUUGCUGCAUUAAAAAUUAAUGAUAUUCGUGAUGAAAUCAAAGAAAUAACUACUAGUAAUAAUAAUCAGUGUAAUACUGAAAAUGUUAGUUCAAAUGGACGGAGAGUUAUGAAAAAAGAAUUACAAUCAGAUAUAAUUCGUCGAAGUUCAAGAAUUCGACAGAAUAUUGAUCACAUAGAAAAUUUACCACCUAAAGAACAUAAACAAAAGAAGAAGAUAACAAAAAAUACUGAUGAAAAUCGAACUGAUUCCAUGCCAAAAGUUAAGCUUCAAUUACCUCCUCAUAUGUUAAUACGUUAUCAAUCGACAGGUAAAAAAGUCGCUUUACAUAAUACUAAGGCAAAAUUUGGUGAUGAUGGUAAUGAAAGUCUAUUGAUGUAA